GGCUUUCGCGGAAUAAGCUCAUUUGCACGACACAAUUAACAUGCAAUGAAUAUAAAUCAACGAAGUGCCGUAGUACUAUUGUCACGCCCUACUUAUUUUUCAAGCGCAACUUCUGAAGAAAGGUAACUUGCCACCUCAAGCUAUAACACACGAGUAAAAAGCGUAUAUUUUAUUGAGUACACAGAGCUAAUAUCUUGUAAGAUACCGAUCUGCCAUCGUUCAAAACAGAAAUAUUGAUAAUGUAGGAAUAAGCUCGCAAUGAAGGUUCGAGUUCCUUAAAACAAUUGAUUACAAAUUUAAUUUCGAAUGCGUAAACUGCAGAAGCUUUCUACGCCAGAAAGUCGCAUAGAAGAAUGCUUUUGCAAUGAUGGGGGAAAUGAGACAGAAGUAUGAUACUAGCAGGAAUCACUGGAGAGAUCUGCUGGUUUCUUAGAACUCACUUUCCAUUCAUCAAUAGCUUGACCCGUGAUGGGCCCGAGUAUUUGCUGUACAAGAUGCUUGAAGCGCCGCCUCGACCGUUCGUCGUCCGAGAUGAUGGGAAGUGGGAACUUCGGUACAGGAAAACAUGGUUGUAUACGUACAUAAUUGGACUGGCGAUCGUGGUUCCCAUUCUGGUGGACGUCGUGCUGAAGCACGGAUCAUUGAACUUCACCGUCAUCCUAUCGGUCUCGGCCGUAGUGCUGGCGUGGAAGACCUAUGUACAUUAUCCAUUGCACAUCAUCAUCAUUGAUAAGAGAAAGAAUGUGUAUGAAUAUCACAAGAGGGGUCGGCUGAUCACUACGGAGCCGCUGUACAACAUGUACAUCAGGCUAAUUGGACAAAAGUGCUACCCGAGCCCCGGCGGGUCCAAGUCGUCAAACUGGUUCUUCUACCUGUGCCUCAAAGGGGUCGGCCUGGAGGAGUUUAAGCUGAGCCCACACACCGAGUACGAGGACAGGAUGAGAAAACUCGGAAAACGGCUCUCACGAAAGCUCGGCAUCAACUACUUCGAUUUCAUUGAUGAAUCGCCGCUCCAUGACGUCAGACACCGGCCCGUGCAGAUCUCCAUCCCCACCUGGGCGCCGGCGUGACGUCACAGUGUGACGUCAUACCCCACUGGUCGGCCGGCGCCGCCAGCGUGGUACCCUCAGCGCCGGGCGAUCGACUUUUGUAUCUGUGUAUAUGCUGCGAUGAAAGCCUGCCUAUUUAGGAAACCUCGAGCGGAUCAAUAAACUGUGUCAGUGCUAUAGACUCUCAAACCCAAAAA